CUAUUGUCUUUGGAAUGGGGUGACUAAAAUGGCCGGCUGUGAUGUGUAAAUUUGGUCAUAGAAUUGUUGCCGUUUGAGCAUUUUUUACUGUUUUUGUGUGUUCAGUUGUGAUUAUCAAUAAAGUAUUCGUCUGUAGGUAUGUCCGUAAUAUUUUACAGAUUAUUUGUAAAUACAUUGAGACAAAAUCUGCCGAGACAUCCCAUUAAAUCAGUGCUGCAUGUGCGGUCUAUAUCAGCCAUGGAGGUAGCCACUGUAGAAAAAGUAGCUGAUGAAAGCCAAAAAGAAUCUCAAGAAAUAGUACUCAAUAAAAAUUUGACGAGGUUCAAAAAACGCUUUAUGAAGCGACAAUGGCAGGAUCCAGAUCCUAAUAAAACUGAGAAUGGAGAAUCUGACGAGAAGAAACUUUGUGAAAGACCAGUAGAAAGGAUUAAAAGAAAGAAAAUGGCACUUGUUUUGGGAUACUGCGGUGUAGAUUAUUAUGGCAUGCAACGUAAUCCUGGUGUACGGACAAUAGAGGAAGAUUUAUUAAAAGCACUAUUGGAGGCUAAAUAUAUAACUGAGGAUGAUUUCAACAAUCAGCAGAACACACAGUUUCAAAGGAGUUCACGGACUGACAAGGGUGUGUCGGCUGCCAGACAGGUUGUGUCACUUAAACUACCUCUUGAAGCAGAUAUAAAUGAAAUAAAUAAAAGAUUGCCGGAUUGUAUCAAAGUGUUUGGUAUAAAGAGAGUGACAAAUAAAUUCAACUCAAAAUCAAAGUGCAAUGCGAGAACAUAUAGCUAUACUCUUCCCACUUACGUAUUUGAGCCUAGCUUAGUCACAGAUGAAGAGAGAAAGCAAUAUAGAAUAUCAGAAGAUAAAAAAGAACAAGUCAAAAAGGUGCUAGAAGUUUAUAAAGGGACAAAGAGUUAUCAUAAUUUUACAGAAAAGAAACAUCACCAAGAUCCUUCAUCGCUAAGGUACAUGAUGGGUUUCACAUUAGACAGAGUGUUUGUUGAUUCAGAUAUGGAAUUUGCAGUUCUAUUAGUGAAGGGUCAAAGCUUCAUGCUACAUCAAAUUCGUAAGAUGGUUGGUCUGGCAAUUGCUGUGGUGCGCGGUCACACUGACAAUUCCAUACUAGAGAAAGCUUUUGGCAAGGAAAAGGUUAUGAUACCAACCGCGCCCGGGCUAGGGCUUGUCCUCGAUACGGUCCACUAUGACAGGUACGACAACAAAUUCAAGGAUAGCCAUGACAGUUUAACUUGGACAUCUGAAGAGGAAGAAAUACAAAAGUUUAAGCAUGAACACAUAUACCCUGUAAUUGUUAAGGGAGAAGUAGAGAACAGUUCCAUGGCCAUGUGGCUUGAGAAAUUGAGCAAUCAUUCGUAUGAACCAUCCGAAGAUGUUCCUGAGAAAAUUGAUGAGAAAGAAUUGGCUGGCGGUGAUGAUGAUGAUGAUUUUGAUGAAGAAGCUGAUGACGAAGGUGAUGAUGGGAAGAAGGAGAGCAAAAACAACAGUACUGUCGUCACCACAGCCGAGGAAAGUAAUUUAGAAAACGGUAAAACUGACAAAGGGACUCUAUGAACAUUUUGUUUGCAGUGUACAGUGUACAGAAGUACUUACUGACAUGAGAAUGAAAGUGUUUUAAGUGAUUGACUGUUCUUCGAGGUCAUAAAACAAAUAUUUUGAAUAUUCACAUGUGUAAGUAGGUAUAGUAUGUUUAUUUUUAGUAUCAUAGUAGGUUUAUACAAUUGUAACUUAAGCAGAAUUAAGAAUGUAAUAUUUAUUAUUACUUUUCUUUGACAUUUUAAACAACAAACUGUUGUGCUGUAUAUUAAUUUACCACAAUGGCAAUUAAUUAUAAAUGGCUGAGCCAUACAUAAGAAAAUAUGAGAUA